AUGCACCAUCCUUGCAUUCCAUCUCACUCCAAUCCGUCGACUACACACAUUCCCCAACUUGUCACCUCUCUCCGACCCCAAAUCCGACCCCGCCCUCUGUUGACAGCGACAAUUGAACUGACCAAAACACCCCCCAGUGAUCUCCUCCGGCGGCUGAACCCGCGCAAUACAAAGAAAAACCUCCAAGCCAUCACGUCCAUUGUCCCCGAUCUGACUGAAGACCUGCUCUCCUCCGUCGACCAGCCCCUCGAGACCCGCCGGUGCAAGCAGACGGGCCGCGACUACCUGCUCUGCGACUACAACCGUGACGGUGAUAGCUACCGGUCACCAUGGAGCAAUGAAUUCGAUCCCCCGCUGGACGACGGCACGGUCCCCAGUGAGCGGGUGCGCAAGCUGGAGGUUGCAGCAAACGAGGCGUUUGAUGUCUACCGGGAGCUUUAUUAUGAGGGGGGUGUAGGGAGUGUGUACUUUUGGGACCUGGAUGAUGGGUUUGCGGGAGUCAUUCUCCUAAAGAAGGGGGUCACGCCCGGUUCCCAGAGCUCUGGCGAAUGGGACAGUAUCCACGUCUUCGAGGCUACGGACCGCGCACGCAUGUCACACUACAAGCUCACCAGCACGGUUAUCCUGCACCUCUCCAACGAGAAUGAGAGGCUCGGCGAGAUGGACCUGAGCGGGAACAUGACCCGGCAGGUGGAGGCUGACCUGCCUGUUGAGUCGGAUGCCAGCCAUGUCGCGAAUGUGGGCAGACUGAUUGAGGAUAUGGAGCUGAGGAUGCGGAAUUUGCUUCGUACGUUUUUCAUACGUUUUUGCUGCCAUGUAUUUCGCUGA